AGUCCUGAUUGAACUGUCGACGGGUGUUAAACCGCAUUCCUCCGUGUCCGUGAUUUUUACAGGAAUUUUUCCGUGUAAGUGGCAAAAGUUUCCGAAAAAAUAAUAAAAGAAAAGUCCAUCUGUUUAAGUGCAGUUGAAAAGUGGCAAGUGAUGCUGUGGUAACAGCUUGGUUAAAGUGUCCAGAAAGCAGUGGAAAUCACGUGCGCAAAUCCUAACACAGCUAAAAAUGCUGGAGAGGAAAGAACCAUAGAAAUUCUAUGAAAAUUAAAUAAAUCACAUAGGAAUGUAUAGCUGCAGUGUUCAUUUGUUUGGGUUGACAGAGAGAGAGAAAAAAAUGUGAGAAAAGCGAAAAAAGUGUUAAUCAAAUAGACAGUUUGUGGUUGAAUUGAAAUAAUUAAAAGAAUAUUUAAUAAAUUGUUGACAUAUCUGAUGAAUUGUGUGAGGUAUGCGGUCACAUUGUGCGACUGAUGUCAAAGUGAGGGACAUGCAGUAGAAAAUUGUUUGGUGCAUUUAGAGGUAGGUGAGGAAGGGUUAGAGACACAAAACACAUAGGGGUUGAAAGGCAACACGGGACAGUAUCUGACGAGUUUGUAAAAAAAAGAUGAUUAUCGUGGGUGAAGAGUUGGAUGGAAAAUAGGUUUAUUGGAGUGAGUAAAUAAUCCAUCUAUGCAAACAAAACUCGAGUAUGUUGGCAGGCAAUAUGGAGAGAUUUGGUCGACAUGCAAAUGAGGAAAGUGCCACGUUAUUGAAAUAGUGCCAAGGGGGAGUGGUAUGAUUGGAAUAUUGAGUUGCAAAUAUGAAUAAAAUUAUGUUCAAUAGCAAAAACCUUUUGUUGUGAUCAAAACAUCCGUCACUUGGCAUAUGCAACUUUGAAACAAUAUUUCAAAAUCAGACUUUCUUCUUCCUUGGAAGAGGUAACUUUUGCUAUGAUGUGUAAUGUAGCAUAUAUGGAUCAAUCCGUGUGACACUUGAGAUGGAAAUACGAGAUGAACGUGAAAGAAAUUCUUUAAAAUAAAAUCAUUGAUGAUUCUAUAUGAAGUGGCAGGUGGUGUACGAGUCUCCUUUCAAGUGAAUUAAAUUUGGAUGCUGAUUCACAGGCAGAAAAAAAAUGGAAAUGAAGAGCAUUUGUGAAUGGUGUAUCGAACUGAUCAUCAUGUUGUGCAUGUUUGUCCAGUUCUCGCACGGAUUAAUCGAAAUUCAAUCGGACAAGGAAAAACCAGUGAAGACUGUUGAUGUUCAAGGAGUGGAAGGAAAUCGUGUCUCCUUGCCAUGUCCUCUGGCGGGACCUUCGAGGGACAAAGUUUAUAUGGUGCUGUGGUUUAGAGACGAUGUUGGAAUUCCACUAUACAGUUUCGAUGUGAGAGGUGUAUCCCUGUCGAAAGGUCGUCACUGGUCAUCGCCAGCAAUAUUUGGUCCUCGUGCCAAAUUCAAUGCAAACUCCGACCCAGCCACUCUGGAUAUUGACGACAUCAAACGUCACGAUCAGGGUGUUUACCGGUGUCGGGUAGAUUUCCGUAGCAGUCAAACGCAGAGCUUCCGCUACAACCUCAGUAUAAUCAUUCUUCCGGAGCGACCAGUGGUUCUAAAUCGAUGGGGCUUGCAGCUCAAUGGGACAACUCUGGGCCCCCUAGAAGAACGAGAUGACAUCAUUUUAGUAUGUCGAGUUGUGGGUGGACGCCCACAGCCGGCUGUUCGGUGGCUCGUGAAUGGAAUUCUCGUGGACGAUCAGUAUGAGCAGAAUUCUGGUGAUGUCAUUGAAAAUCGCCUUCUCUGGCCUGGAGUUCAAAGAACGGAUUUAAAUUCAGUCUUCACAUGUCAAGCUGUUAACACAAAAUUGGUAGAAGCCAAAGAGAGGAGCUUUGUACUGGAUUUACUGCUUAAGCCACUGUCUGUGAAAAUCGUAGAGCCAGCUAGUUCAUUAGUAGCCGACAGACGGUAUGAGGUCCUUUGUGAGACAACAGGUUCACGCCCGAAUGCUAUUAUUACGUUCUACAAAGGGAAGCGCCCGCUGCGACGAACAAAGGAUGAAAGCAAGAAUGGCACAACCAUAUCGGAACUGAGCUUUGUGCCAUCAGUGGAAGAUGAUGGAAAGACGGUCACCUGUCGAGCAGAAAAUCCAAAUGUUACAGGACUGUUUUUAGAAACAACGUGGAAACUCAAUGUCGUCUAUCCACCUAUUGUGACACUACGUCUAGGAUCUACCCUUUCUGCAGAAGACAUUAAAGACGGAGAAGAUGUUUAUUUUGAAUGCCACGUCCAGGCCAACCCUCAAUGGAGAAAGUUGUACUGGUUGCAUGAUGGCGUUAUCCUCACUCACAAUGCAUCCGCAAGGGUGAUAAGAUCCAACCAGAGCUUAGUGCUGCAACGCGUGACCAGGAGUUCGAGUGGUAAUUAUUCGUGCAGUGCAGUGAAUGCCGAGGGAGAGACUGUGAGCAAUCAAUUAUCACUUCGUGUGAAGUAUGUUCCUGUCUGCGCCACGGACAAGGUUAUCAUUAUUGGAGCAUUUCGUGGAGAGAAUCUCAAUAUAGUGUGCGAAGUGGAAUCAGAUCCACCACCAAGAUCCUUUCGGUGGAAAUUUAAUAAUUCAGGAGAAACACUGGAUGUCGGCAGAGAAAGGCACCAACGGAAUGGCUCAAUGCGCAGCAUUCUGCAGUAUACUCCAGUAACUGAUCAGGAUUAUGGAACACUCUCAUGUUGGGGACAAAAUGAAGUGGGUGUUCAACAAAAUCCCUGUCUCUUCCAGAUCGUCCUCGCAGGUCUGCCAUCCCCUGUCAGAAAUUGCACAAUUACUAAUCAAACAACCCAUUCUGUGGAAAUCCAAUGUAUUCCCGGCUACGACGGGGGCCUUCCGCAAGUCUUCGUUUUGGAAUUAGUCUCUACGAGAACAGGAAAACUGAGGUAUAACAUCACAAAUACUGAUGAGCCCAUUUUCAUUAUUGAGUCUCUGGAGAAUCUGAUUUCCUUUGACUCCUUGAACGAUCAUUCGCUAAAGGUGAUUGUAUUUGCUGUGAAUCAAAAGGGUAGAAGUCCCGGAGUCAUUCUUAAGGAUUUCCCCUUUGGCAACGAACUAGAGAAUCGCUCAGUGGCAUCCUUUGACACGUCCUUCCAUCUGUCACCAAUUGUAUUUGGCACCCUGCUCACCCUCCUUGUACUAUGCUGUGUCAUCGUUGGUCGAAUGUACACUGCCAAAAGAUCCCACAGCAACGACACACUCAGCAGUUCCAAACAAUCCAGCACGUUACUCUGCAAACAGGAUCCAUCAAAGAAGACAGCCAAGUCGAAUCUCCGGUGGCAGCACAGUGAUUCAGGGGUCAAAGAACAGGUGAUAAGUGGAAGUUCGGGGCGAGAUGGCGACCAUGCAGGUGGACUGGCCACAGAGUCAUACGAUUUGGGUGACGAUGAGAGAGAUCCCGAUGUCAUUCCCAGCCAAUAUGUUCCUGGCGAAAUGGAAAAUUGCCUGGCGACAGAAUGGAAUCACCAAGAUUCUAUAUUUAAUGAAAAAUUCCCAAAGCAUGACAAUCGUCCAAAGGAUCUUCUGCUAAAGCCACUAUCAUCCACGGACUUUCAAUUGAUUGCCCCAACAAAUAGCAAUUAUUUGCAACAUCAACAUCAACACGACAUUGUGCCAAAUGGUGAUUUGGAUAUAAAUGUGCAUGCAAUUAAAAGUAUGCUGAUGACAACACGAGUACCAGAAAGUUGUGUCUGAAAACUUUCAUCACAGAAAGAAGCUCUGAAACCACAUUCGCAUAAAAAACACCUCAGAUAAUAAAUUCACAGAGGAACUUGAAAGACAACUAUAAAACUAAGAAAUGAAAAAAAAGAACUUAUAUAAACAACAAAUAGAACAAUUUUAUGGUACUCAAUAUACAUACUAAUUUUAUAUUUACAAAAAAAAUGAAGAAAAAACAAGUGCUAUAAGCACAAAAUGUGACUAUUUGUACCUUCUUUGAACAUAUUGUAUUUAAAAACAAAUGAACAGUGUAAAGUUUUAGGCAUUAAACGAUUUUAAAGUGUAAGCUGAAGAAAACGAAACAUAUUGCCAUACAUCAUCAAAUGUAUUAACUUGAGAGCUGAGAUUAAUACGAGGGAAAUAUCUAGAUAAUGAUAACUUAUGUAUUUUUUUUAAAUAUUUGUUUCGAUGAGAUACCAUGCCAAAAAAAUUAUUAUUGUCAAAAAAAUGUUUUUAUAGAUAAAAUAAAAAUAUGUUGGGUUGUUUAAAAAAUUAUUUAAUAAAGAUAUUAUACCAAUGAAAAGUCGGUUGGAUCAACAAUUAGGCUAUCUCUAUUUCCUUUGUAUCUGGAUUUGUUGCAAACGACUGAGCAGUGGUGCGUCAAACGCAGAUAGCCCAGUUGCUGAUCCAAACGACGACAUGUAUCUUUAACGAAAAAUAAGAAGAAGCUAAUAAUAAAAGUUACAUCUACGAAAUCUUUCACUGCCUCAAAACUUAAGGUUUUAAAGUUUUGUACGAAAAAAUGGUUCGAUCUGUUAAAUAUCCAAACGCAUUGAAAACUUAAAAUUUUAUUUAUAACAAUCAAAAAAAUCAUUUGUUGAAAGUUUUCAACUCUGGGAGGAAGUUAUAGAAUUUUCUUUAAGAUUUUUCCCUGAAAAAUUGACUCUAAACAGGAAGGAUCUUUUUCGAAUCCAUUAUUCUGUCAAAUGCAAGUUCCAUAUUGGUUGACAUUUUGCAGUUGUCAGUAGCAUAAUGACAUUUUUGAAGAUUUAAAUAAUUUAUAUUGGGAAAA